AGCAAAUUGUAGGGAACUUGCUACAAUUAUUUGGGAACGAUCUGAUCAAGAGGAGGAGGGUCAAAGAUUCUAGCAACGGCAACGGCAAUAAUCAGAUCAAGAGAAGGAGGGUCAAAGAAUGUAGAGAAAAGAAUUGAGAUUCAGGGGGGUACGGAUAAGACCCUUUUCCACUAAGGGAGAGGGCGUCCCUCAUCUAUGGAGAAGGAAACCGUCUCUACAAGCAAUGAGGAUGCCAUUUCUGAUCUUAUGGAACAGCAUGAUCAAUUUGUAGGCUCUAUGCGGUCUCGCUUAACCAAAUUACAGGUGAUCCGCCGGUAUUGGGAGAGGAAUGAUGUGAAGGGGGCCAUUGCUGCGAUGGAAAAGAUGGGUGAUCAUGCUGUGCUUGCGGAUGUAAUCAGAUUUUUUACUGAAAAAACUGAUAUAGUUACACUGGAUAUCUGCACAUGCCUCUUGCCACUUCUCUCUGUUCUUCUUGAAAGCCACAUGGAUAGGCAUUUAGGCAUCUCCCUGGAAAUGCUGCUGAAAGUAGUCAGAAUCUAUGGUUCUGUGAUCAAUUCCACAUUGUCAGCAUCGUCAUCUGUUGGUGUUGAUAUCCAGGGGGAGCAAAGGCUGGAACGUUGCAAUCUAUGUUUUGCUGAGCUUGAAAAGGUUAAACGCUUCUUUCCUUCUCUUGUUAGAAAAGGAGGGUCCAUUGCCAAGUCUACACAGGAGCUGAACCUAGCUCUUCAAGAAGUUAUAUAAGCCAAAUGGUAUUAGUAUACAUUGUGGGAAUGCAAUUUUUUGGCCUUCAUUUUCUUGUGACAUAGAUUUAAUGUUUCUUUUGAGGAAGCGGGAUUGUGCAUUAUAAAGUUCUGAGAGGCUCCCCAUUCGACUUCACAUUUUUUCCAGUCAUUUGUUUGUCUGAUCCUGUAUGUACAUGCUAAGCUGGGUCAUUAACUACUAAACACCACAGCUAACAGACCUUUUACAGCAUACAAGCCACACGAUUUUACAAACGUCUGGCCAUGAUGAAUCCAGGUGGUGUAUGAUACCCUGACAGCAUUGAGCUUUGGAGCUCGAUCUAUCUGAUUGGUUCUGCUGUUUUAUCAGUUUGUAACUUUCGGCUGCAUGAGUGGAAGCGUGUACCAUUUUCAAGAUUUAUAUUGUAUCAUACAAUGUAUUCUUGUGUCAAUUUACUGGAAAAUUCAUGAAAUGCUUGGCUCUUGUGGCCAUAAAUGGGCAUUUCCGCCCUUUUAUGUCGA